CCGCCUCGGCGUCACUGCCGGAGCGGCCCAAGAUGGAGGCGGGCGGUAUCGGCAAGGAGGCGCUCCCCAGGCUCCGGCGACCUUUGCGGCGAGAAGCUGAGCCCCGCAACCUGCCUUCGGGGGACGGUGGGGCAGCGGAAGAGUCUACAGCUGUAGAGAAGAAGAAAAAGCCUCUUAACAGACUCAAUGUGCACUCAGCCUUCUGGAUUUUGUCAUCAAUUGCUGUGACAUACUACUUUGAUUUUUUCAAAACUGUUAAAGAAACUAUUCAAGCAGAUAGCUGGUGGUUUGCCUCUGGCAGUUGUUUAUUUGCUGCAUGUUUAUCUGUGGCCUUUUACUGCAUUCUGUAUCUUGAGUGGUAUUGUGGAAUUGAGGACUAUGAUGCCCAGUAUCCAGCUCUGAUUCCUAUCACAACAGCUACAUUUAUUGCAGCAGCAAUCUGUUUCAACGUUGCCUUGUGGCCUGUCUGGUCCUUUAUGACACCUUUGUUGCUCUUCAUUCAGUUUAUGGGUGUUGUGAUGCUGGUGUCACUGCUGGGAUAAGUCCUUCAGUCCAUCUGCUAUCUGGAAAACUGCAGGAUAUCAGAAGUUCUUUGUUCUUCUUAAAACACCACCUUUGAAAAGCAGAACCAGAUAUUUGCUUGGUGUGAAAAAUUCAUUCUCAGAACCUGCCAUGUUCUGGGGUUCUCACAUCCUACAGAAAUGAAUCCUGUGAAACAGAAAACCCUUAAGAAAGACAUGAGAGAGCUCUCAGGAAGUGAUGUCCCCUGUAUCACAGGGGUCAACAUCAGCCACUGAAGUGACUCCUUCUUUACCUCUUGUCUACUUCUCAAGGGAAUGUGGAGAAGCCUGGUUGGUUUUGCUUCCCAUCACAAAUCUUUUCCAGUGAGGGAGUCCCCCAGCAUUUUUAUGAGUGUGGGAACAAGAAUGAGACAGUGCUGGAUUUUGAGUGAAGCCUCUGCAGUGCCAAACUAGUAGGCAAAAAAAUAUCUAAUGUCUGGAACAGUGAAACACAGCUUUUGUUUGCAUAUACAAACUGAAACUUGUGUUGCAACUUCUUCACUGCUUUCUAGAUACCAAGAAACCUGAUUUUUUUUUUAGGAGGUCAUAAGUUUAGGAGGUCAUACUCUGACAACUCCCAUGGACUUCUGAAAAAUACAACUCUUACUUCAGAAUCUCUUUAUUAUGGGAGCUGCAGUCACACUGGUUAAUGCCAGCUUCAAAUAAUGUUUAUUUUUCUUGUCAUUAGCUAAAUUCUGUGUGAGCACAGGGAGGAUGUGAGGAACAAACAUGGCAUUAGCAGAAUUAACCAACCAUUCUGGAUUAAUUUGUAGGAAGUAAGAAUUACAAGUGAAUUACAGAUAUCCUGAAUCUUAUGAAACCAUUUUGGUUUUCUACAUGAACAGCCAAGGAAAUUCUGUUAUAGAGAAUUUAUUAAUUGUGUAUCAGGCCAAAUAGUUAAUGAAUGCAUAAUUAGAGCCAUAAUUUUAUUUGGUGAUGCCAAAUCAUUAAGUAAUCAAUAUCAAAUUAGUACAAGAUAUAGCUUGUAAAAUAUGUACAACCACACAGCAUUUUUGUUAAAGUUGGAUUUGUUUUUUUAGCUUCAUGUGAAGGACUCAAGUGCUCUGCUGCAAAGCAGGUGUCAGUUUUCUUACAUUCCAAUGCUUUUAUUUCCAAUAAUGAAGUUUGUUCUGAUACUGUAAUUCUUAGACUACCUGAUUUAUAAAUCAAAUGGAAAUAACCACAGGUCAGCCAGUGUCUGGGGAAAGGUAACUGGUUUGUGAAUAAUUAAAAGGGAGAUAGUUUUUGUAAAGCUUUUAUUAAUAUUUCAAUAUAAAGCAGAUAGAUAAUAAGGCAGUUAUGUAAUCCUAAAUCUUACCUGGGGACUCAUGGUCCUGCUCAAACAGGUUGCUUGGUUUGAAAGUAAUUGAUUCAAGUGUUGUGGGGUUUUAAUACUAUAUUCUUUCCAUUUGAACUGACACCUGGAAUCUGUUUGCACUUAGAGAUCAUAGAAUAGAACCAUACAAUAGUUUUGGUUGGAAAAGACCUAUGAGAUCACCAGUCCAACCAUUAACCUGAGGUACUGCCAAAUCCACCACUAAACCAUGUUCCCAAGCACCACAUCUACAUCUCUUUUAAAUACCUCCAAGGAUGGUGACUCAGCCACUUCUCUGGGCCACCUGUGGACACAAGAGACAUUUCUUGAGCUGUGAAGUUUCUAAUGUUGUUACCAUGUAGGAAAUAGUGCCUGAUCUCUUGACUUCAGAUCUGCUAGUGUUUGAAAACAAAAAGAUAAGGAUCAGGGUUAUCAGGAUACAUCACUGUUAGUUUGGCAGUGCCAUCAGUGAAAUAAAUAGGUUUUAUUUGUGCUGGUACAGUUUGUCUACAGCCAAACGUGGAUGAUCAAGCUCUGAAUAACCAGCAGUGUAAUGAAAAAUAUUAAUAUCAAACAAGACAUUAAGAGCACAAAGUAAAUUCCUUUGAUAUUUCAGUAUUCAGGAUGUUUUUCUUUUGUAAAUUAACUUUUCAUUCUUAGCAGUGCCUGUUAAUGAAGCUGCCAUUUUUCUUCCUCCACAAAGCAGAGAUUGAUACUAAUUUAAAUGCCAUUAUUUAUACACAGUUGGGAAAAUAAAAUAAAACUGUUCAUCUUGCUGAGAUACUGAUAUAUCUGGGAAUCUGGACACUAAUGAAUUGCUAGAGCAUUUUGUAUGGAUCCUUGUGUAGAAACUGGGUGCUGAAACUUGUUAAAAUUUGCUCCUUGUGACUAUUGCUUGAAGUCUGGAUAUUUGAGGAGUCUGUUCUUCAUUUGACUUUCAAAUUGACACCACUGCUGAAUCCACAGCACAUUAAAUGUCAAGUAAUGAAAAAGACAUUGUCUUGAGCUGCUGCUGUUUCAUUAAGGAAAAGAAGUUUGUGUUGGUACACAAUGCAAAGGAUCAGUCUAACCAAAAUAAAGUACAUAUAGCUCUGAGGUUAAGCAGCUUGUAGAGGAAGUUAUCAGCUUGAUUUGUUUAAAUGUACUAUUAACAUUUUCCAAAACCAUUUGUACUUCAUAUCUUUAGAGGAUAAGUUGAUUAUCUUCUGGUUUAACAAGUUUUAACAAUUUUAUGUCUGCAUACACUGGUACAUAUGAGUAACUUUGUUUAUUAUGAUGUUUAAAAUGCAUUGCUGCUCAGGGAUGGUGAUUAUUACUGUAUUUUUAUUUGUCAACUAUAUUAAUGCUCCAGGUGUUUUAAGUUGCCUUGUAGUCUUGAAUUAAAGCUACUACUUGCUA